AUGGGAUGUGCUAUAUCUCUCAGCAACCGAGUGUCAGCUGGGGAUUCUGUGAUCAAUGUUCAAAGUCAGGCUCGGCUGACCAGAGUAACGACCUUCAGAGCGGUACAAGAUGUUAAGCCGAGAAAACAAAAUGGCCGCAUCAGUGCAUUCAGAAACGGCAACGAGAAACAUCAUAGCAGCCAAACUUUGUUGACGUUACCGGAAGAAUCCUGCGUUGAUGACUUCAGAAAUGGCCCUGGCCAGAAAUUCUUCCAAGACUUCCCCACUCCAUCCCUUUUGGAAGAGGCCCAACGGGAAUAUUCGAAGUGUGGUUAUGAAGUUUCCACAGCGGGGGGGAUUAGGAAGUUACCCUUCCCGGCCCAGAACUGGAAACGUGAUGUGUUUAAGCUGGAGGACUUCGUUGAGAUCGACAGACACGCUACACAGAUGCCCGCUGAGUGUUGCCUUGACAACCUAGAAGACUUGGUGGGGGACCUUCUGAAGCCGACAAAGGACAGUUUAGGUGCUGUAAGAGUUAUAUUUCGUUGGAUUGCCGCUCAGGACAUCAACAACAUGGAUCUGAUUGGAGUGCAAGCACCCUGUACCGCUGGCUAUUACUUCUUGCGAAUCAAACAGGGGAAAGGUGGCUAUGCUGAACUAUUCCAAAAGAUGUGUAGUUUGGCCAAGGUGGCGUGCGUUCUCAUCCAUGGAUUUGUCAAGGGCGUAGGGUAUGAACCAGGAGAAGAAGUGACAGAUCAUGUUGGCGUCUGGUCCGCAGUCUUUGUGAGAGACAGCUGGCGAUUGGUCGACUGCCAGUGGGGAUCUAGUCACGUAUCUGUAGGCGGAGCCGGGGGGUCGUCUGCUUCCUCGAAAAAACAACACAGGAAGGCAGCGAGUAUGUCUUACGCCUAUGAAGAGUUUUACUUUCUCACGGAUCCCCAUCACUUAAUUUAUAGCCAUUUUCCUUAUGAUGACAGAUGGCAACUGUUGGCGAGGCCAUUGACUUUAGACGAGUUUCAGAAAAUGGCGUACCUCAAACCAAGUUUCUUUGAUUUGGCCUUUGACCUGGAUAGUCAUCCAAAAUGUAUACUGGAAUUCGAAAGCACACAGUGUACAUUGACUUUGAAGGUCGCUCAAAGUGGACGGCGGCGCUUCGUUUAUAGAUUGUAUCUUUUACAACGAAAUGGUGUGAUAUCUGAAACGAAUGAAACUUACCUGGAAAAUUUCGUGUUUCUUGAGAUUCUGAAAGAGAGUUCUACGAUGGUGGCAAACAUUCAUUUCCCGUUUCCUGGAAAAUACAAAUUUAAGCUCUUCAGUAAAGAUACCACAAAUGAAUGUAACGAGUUUUCAAGCAUUUGCUCUUACGUGAUAUAUUGCGACCAGGCUGUAAAGUUGACCGAGUUUGAGCCCAACCCUAAUAACCCCAGACACGAGUGGGGGCUUGGAGCCGACACAGAGGCCCUAGGAAUCGAACUGGCUUCCCACAAAUCUGGACGUAUUGAAACUGAAGCAGGGGAGGUUGAAAUUCGCUUUCGUCUUCACAAAGAUGUCGAAAUUUUGCAUAAACUUCUCCGGAAGGGUGAGUCGGAAGCUAAGUACAAGAACUUCGCCUUUAGCCGUCGAGAAGGUAAUGAUAUUAUUUUCAAAGUGAGGCUUCCGCGAGUUGGGAAAUACAUGCUUUGUCUGUAUGCAAAGGAAGUUGGAGCAAACGGAAAUUUUCCGAACGUUUGCAAUUUUCUUCUUGUAUGCGACGAACCUGCAGAGGAUUUGUCACCUUUUCCUGCUGUGUACAACGGUCGAGUUGGUCCUAAUGGCAACUUUCGUCAACUUAAUAUGGCCACCGUAGGAGGUGACUCUGGAUAUUUUACUUGCAGCGAGUCUGGAGAGUUGGUAGUGAGGUUUCAGACGCCAGAAUCAGUCUGCCUCGUUCCCAAACUCUGCCUCCAGGACGGGUCAAGUUACAAGGAGUUGGACGAGUACGCAAUUUGCAAAACGAACUCCGGGAAAGCAGAAGUUCACAUGGUAUUUCCUGAACCAGGUACAUACCAGUUUAUUCUUUAUGGCAAAGACAGGUCGUCUUCUGUUAGUGGAUACCCUCCGGUCUAUUAUGGUAUGAUCCAGGCAGACUUUCCUAAGGUUGGUGCUCUCCCUUUCCCCAAAGUCUUCUCUAACUGGAAAGAUAACUUUCGUUUACUGGAACCUACUUCCGGAUUCUUGCCCACAAAUUGCACGAUCCGGUUUUUGGUGGACAUUCCCGGUGCAGCUGGAGUGGCGGUAAUUGGUGGUACAUGGAACCAUCUACACCAAAACGAAAACGGACUUUGGGAUGGCUCUCUGGAUACAGGGGAUAAGGAAUGUGAUCUAAAGCUGUCUGCAAGUUUGACGAAGGGGUCUGGGAAAUAUUCUUGCCUCCAGAUGUUUAAGGUGGUGUCUGACGAAAGUUUGAAGCAGAUGAUCGAAAAUCAAAAAGAAAGUUACAAGGCUUCACAAGUUAAGGUGAGAUUAAAGAAAGAGAAGAAAGACGCCGUGGAUCUCCAGAAGGGGCGAGUGUGCAGAGAAACCAUUGAACAGCGAAAGAAACUGGAAGAUGAAAGAGGGCAAAUGCAAUCAAAACGCGAAGAAGAAAUUAGAAAAGUGAAAAACGACGUAUUAAUGAAAAAAGUUGCCGAAGAGCUACAGAGACAAAAGACCAAUGAAGAUUUGAAUAAGGUAGACACGCAAGCUGUUGCUGAAUACCAGGCUCUCAGCGAAAUGAAUGCAGUCCGGAUCGGAGGUGGAGAUGGCGGUGUCGGAGAUGCAUACAACGGAGGUGCUCGCGUAGAAGGCGGUUACGUCGUAGACACGGGAUUUCUACAUGGUACACAUACUGAUGGAACCCAAUUCGUUGAAGGUCAGAUUGUUGAAAUACAACCUGGUGGUGCUCAGAGUAAUGCCAGCAAUUUUCCUGGUGGAAAAGUCGGAGGUGCUCAAGCAAAUUACACUCAAUAUGUUGGCGACAAAGGGGGAGUCCAAAUUUGCACCCUUGGGCUGGAUGAGUUAGGACGACCUGUGUUUACUGGUGGCAAUGGCGACGUACCUAUAGGCGGGGCCACACAUGGUAUCGUCAAAACCGACCAGUCAGCCAAGAUAGUUGAGAUGGAACAGCCUGAAGAAGAUGUCAGAAAUGCAGAGAGACAAGCAGCCCUGUUGGAACUUUCAAUUGCACAGGCCGGAAACUUGGCUGAAAAGGAAAAACAGGAAGAAAUCGCGGAAGCCACCAGAGCGAAGGCAGCUCAGGAAGAACUUCAGGCGGCGAUGCAGAAAGCAGACAAAAAUCUCCUAGAGGCUGCAAUUAAGGGAUUCCGGGAGAAGAAUAUCAAGUCCUUAGGCAACGUGCUGGAAGAUGCGCAGAGGUUGCUGGACAAACUGGCUCUGAGAGAAUCCCUCAAGAAUGCCAUAGAAGCAAAGGAUAUGGUAGCGCUGAAGAGGACAGUAUGGCACAUUGAGGACAGAGGGUUUCAGGAGUUCCUUGGGGAGGACCUCACAAAAGGGAAAGAGAAGCUUAAAAUCUUGGAAAGAUUGUCCAAGCUCAAGUCGUCCAUCUUGUCCAUGGAUGCGGGCACGAUGACUGAGUUGAGACGAUAUAAUAACCCUCCUGAAAUGGUGCAUCAAGUCAUGAUAGCUACUUUCCUGCUCCUGGGAGAGCACGAGGGCAUCACGAAGAAAUGGAAAAACUGUCAGAAACGCUGUAAUCCUACUGGUCCAGAUGGUUUGAAGAGGCGGGUCCUUGAGUUCGACGUUGAUCAACUACACCCGGAAAUCGCUGCCCGCGCUGCGCAGAUCCUGUCGGAAGUAGAACUCGAUGACGUGAGACUCAUUAGUUCCGGAGCUGCCGCAUUCUAUGUUUGGGUUAAAGGUAUAAUCCAGGAAAUGUUCGACAGGCAGCCGGAUGGUGCCAAAGAGAUACCACCGGCAAGCAAGUUCAGGCAGAAGCAGAUAUUCCUGGGCCGUGGCGACAUCGAUGACGACGAUGGUGAUCGGCCUAUAAGUCGGGCCAGCUUGAUGAGACCUACUACAUCUCGUACCAUAAGACCCACUACGACGCGCAGUGUCCGUAGACCAUCUAUUGCGGUACAGUAGACCAAUAACCAUUGACAUAUUCAAAAUAGCACAGCGGUGAAUGGCAAUUGUAUGGUGCCAUGUCUGAAAUACUUGGUUUUCUCCCUCACUAAUAUCAUAACAUACAUAAAUUAUUUUAAAUACAUUUUUUUAAAAAACACAUUUUUGUCUUUGCCCCAGGUUCUUAUUUAGACUGGGUUACACCGUAUUAAGUAAUAAGACAUGAUUAAACGGGGAUAUCUGCAAAUACCCUACAGUUCAUAGGCGGUAUUGGAUCUAAAUUAAUGUAACACCCAACGCGUGAUGUAAUAAAAAUGUCCUUGCAAUGUAAUAUCACAGUAUGACUUAGAGACAGAUAAACGCUGAUGGUAACUAUGUAAGUCAUGUGAUUGGACUUGUGUGUGAUAUGUCCAAACGCCUACGUUGUCACAACAGGGGAGGUGACGAUGGUCGAGGCACAGGACUGUGUGGGUGACAUGCCAUAUUGAAAUCGACUGCUUAUGUGCACAGCGUACGUAAAGUCCAAAUAACUUUAAGAGACGCACAGAUGAACGCAAAUUUUGAUCACAAAAUUCGGGGACUGGUUUUAUUUCAAUGAACUCUGACGAGCAGAAGCUUGAUUGGCGUUGCAAAAGAUUUCGUCAGACGUGGAGUUAAAAAGUAUGAAGAAAAGAAAGAUAUACUUAUGCAUGUAUAUACGAGAAAAGUCUACUUCACAUUUACUUGCAUGUUUUGUCUUGUUGUAAAUAUGUAAUCUUUGCAUGGCCAACGAGGCGAGUAACAGUAAAGUGAGGCAGAUAUAGUAUUUUGCCAUAUACUUUAAGUAUCUCAGGUCUACUGCGGUUGGUUAUACAGUUGUAUGA